AUCACCUACGCUCUCUCCGACAUCGACUCCUUCGAGCAAGGACGUGUAAACAACUGUGCCAUCUUCGCCGCACAAGUCGGCAUGUGUGGGAUGCUCGCCCUGGUCCUCAUGAUGGUCACCAAGCCCGAGAAGAGGAGGACGCCAUUGUUCUUGGUCAACAUGGCAUCACUCUUCGUCAACUGUCUCCGCAACAUUCUCCAGAUCUGUUACUGGACUGGUCCUUUCCUGAGUGUUCCGCUUAACUUUGCGGGCGAUUUCUCGCAUGUUACGAAAGCUGCAUACAACGUCUCGAAAUCUGCUGCGAUUGUUCAGGUCUUCUUGGUGGCAUUCAUUCAGGUUUCGCUGAUUAUGCAGGUUCGCGUGGUGUACUCGUCCCAGAAGACGCUGAACUACAUCAUGACUCCAGUCUCCUGUGUCCUCUCCGCUACCGUCGUCGUCUUCUGGGCUUCCGCUGCUGCUUUCAACGUCCGUCAAAUCGACGGAAACGAGAUCACCGACGUCACCUGGGUUUUCCGCGCUUCUCGUAUCCUCGCCACGGUCUCCAUCUGUUUCUUCUGCGCUAUCUUCUCCAGCAAGUUGUUCACCACCAUCCGCACUCGUCGCAGACUCGGGUUGAAGCAGUUCGGACCCAUGCAGGUUAUCUUCAUCAUGGGUCUCCAGACUCUCUUUAUUCCUAUGAUUCUCACCAUCACCGAUAUCUGGGUUACGCUCUCUUCCCUCGCUACCUUCACCACUACCGUCGUCGUUAUCUCUCUUCCCUUGUCCUCCAUGUGGGCCACCGUCGAGGCCGAGAAGCUCAGGCCUUCCGUUAUGCCUACC